AUGAAAAUGCAAAAAGGAAUCUUCAGAAGAUAUGUGAAGUAUGCCUUAAAGAAGAUAUACAACUUCAUUAAAAAUUAUAUAAAAGAUAUAAUUGAUGAGAUAAAUGUAAAAUCAUUUAAGAAAUACAAGUAUAAUUUUUUUUUCGAAUUUAUUGGUUCAUUUAUUUUUGUUUUUUUUAUUUCCAUUUAUAUGUUAAACUCAAAUAAAAAUGAAGAAUACGUUAUUAAACACACAAAACAAGUUAAUCCAUAUCAAAGGAACGAUAUAUUCAUACCAGGAGAUAAUCUCUUUGACAGUGAAAUUAAUAACGUGAAAUACCCGAAAUAUGUAAAUGAUAUGAAUGAUCAACUAAAUGCAGGAAGUAUAUUAUUGGAACGUGAUAAGAAGAAUAGUAGUAGUGUUAUUACUAACACACAAAAUAAAUAUAAGAAACUGCAACGGUUAGAGGAUAAUAAAGUAUUAGAAAAUAGUUCAAUAAUAAAUAACUUAAAAAGAACAGGAAAUAUUGGGAAAAGCGAAGAUGAGAUGAAGACAGACGAUACACAAAAGAAUAAAACAAUUGUUGUUGGUGAGAAUAAAUAUUUUGCAAUUAAUAAUACACAAGCAGAUGAUCAAAGUGAAAAUAAUAAUGAAUAUACAAAUAAAGAUGAUAAUAGCAGUUAUGUGGGAAAAUUAGAACAAGGAAAAGAGAUACAUAAAAACGAAAAUGACAUAAAGGGCAGCAGUCAGAAUUGGCACGAAAGCGAAGCCAAUGAGGAUAAAAAUACAAUUAUACCUUCUUUACCAGAUGAAAAAAAAAAAAUUGACGAAGAAGAAAUUAUUAAGAAUUCUAAAGUAUAUGACAAAAAUGUACUUACACUAAAUGUGGAUACUGUAAUUUUUAAAGACAAGGUAAACGAAUUUACCAAAAUAAAAGUAAACGAUAUUAAUAAUAUAGAUAUAGGUAAUAUUGAUCAGUAUGAAGUAUUAAAAAGUUUUGAAAGUAGAAACAGUAGUAACCAUGCAAUUUAUUCCUUCUUUGGUUGUUUAAUAUAUGUAUUAUUUAUACUCCUUGGAGCUCAUAUAAACCCAGCAUACACUUAUGCUCUGUGGCUCGUCGAUCCAAAAAAAUAUGGAUUUGCGCUUACAACUUUUUAUGUUACUUUUCAAUAUUUUGGUGGUAUAUUAGCUAGUAUUUUAUGUGCACAUGUACAUGGAAGUAUAUUAAUUUAUUCCUUAUUGCCAAAAAAGGAAAUUAUGAAAACCUUUUUGUGUGAAUUUAUAUCGACCUUUUUAAUAACAUUAUUGUUAUUAAGUUUAUAUAAUUACAAGAAGAAGUUUACGAGUGAAAAUAAAAAUGAAGAAUCCAUCGUUUUUAACAGAGAUAAAAUAAAAAAUCUUGCAUCUUUUUAUUCUUCUAGUUUGUGCGAAGAUAUGUAUGGAUGUGAUAUGUUUAAUAACACACAUAACAGCAAAAAAAAAAUUCCUAUACAUAUUGAUAAUAAAUAUAUAAAAUACAUUAUGAAUCAUAUUUUUUAUUUAUUAUUUAUUUUCUUUUCCUUAUUAUUUUUUGUUUUUGUAACAAAUACAACAUUAAAUCCUAUGUUUUCUACUUCCACAUUAUACACCUAUUUAUAUUUUAAAUUUUUUAAAGGGGAUAAUACAUUCAAUAUAUAUUCGGUAAUUUUAUCCUUUUUAAGUAUUACAAAAAUAUUGCAGUUGAUCAAAUUAUAUAUACAGUCAUUACCUUUAUGGAUAGGACCAUAUGUCGGGUCAGCUCUUGCAACCUCUUUUAUGAGAUUAUUCAAGGAGAGCGAUGAAGAAAUUAUUGAUGUAAUUGAUACUAAUGUAUAUAACAGUAAUAAUAAAAAGAAUGAGAAGAUACCCUUGAUAAAUAAAUACAAGAUUAAGAAAAACGCCUAUCUAGAGGAAUAUAACAAUCAUAUGCAUUAUAACUCGAAUAAUUAUCUACUUCCGAGUGUCUUUUAA